GAAACAUUAAAGUAAAAGAUUCCUUUUUAAGUUUAAUCUACUCUGUGGUCUUAUGACUUUUAUGAAAGGAUUGACAGUUGAUAGGAACAAACCUCGAUCUAGAAAACAAUUCGGAUAUUUCCAUAUUUCCCUUAAUUCCAGGAUUUCGUCUUGAAAAAUGGCUUUAUCCUUAUUAACAAGACAAAUGCUUAGAGUUCAAGCAUUACCUCGAUUUUCAAAUUAUUUUUCGGUUCAAAAUGGAAUAAGCGCUAAUAGGGGACUAUCAAACGGUUUUGGAGCCACGAAUUUACUUCGUUCAAAACCAAUUUCACAAGUAGUAACUAAAAGAAUGAUGAGCGGAGAUCAUGCAAAAAAAUGGAAAUUGGAAAAAAUACUGACUGUUAUAAUGUUUCCGAUUAUACCAGCCACUUUCAAUAAUCCUGGAACAGAAAUAUUGGAUAAUCUAUUUGCGAUUCUAGUUACAACACACGCACAUUUUGGCUUGGAAGCAAUUGCUCGAGAUUAUAUGAGACCUAUUGUCGUUGGUCCUGCACUCUCAAAAAUUGCUGUAGGAGUUGUAUAUAUUUUGACAGCUACUACCUUAGGUAGUCUGCUAUACUUUAACCACCACAAUAUUGGAAUUGGUGCUGCUGGAAAACAAAUAUGGUCUAUUGGAAAACAAAAGACAGAAGUGGCCUGAUUCUAAACUCAGUAUUUCAUUUGCGUUUUAUUUUGUAUAUAUUUUAAUGUAUUGAAAUUGUUCUUGGUAGUUUGUUUCUCAAUGAUAUGGUUACAUAAAUCAUUAAAGUUAUAAAAUUGAUUUU